AAAGCGUGGUUUAAAUUCGUUGAUCUCAAGUAAGUGUUUUAAAAAAAGUGUUUUAAAAUGUAAAAGUGUGCUAAUAUUAAAUUUAAAAUAAAUAAAUUUUAAUAAACUAUAAAAAAUAUUAAUUUAUGUGAAUGUUAAAUAUAAUAUACAUCCUUGUAUCGUGAUUUUAAUACGUGUCGUGAAUAGUGUCGGAAAAUGUUUGUUAGUUUAGUAGAAGUAAUCAGCAGUGCAAUAAUUUUCUUUAAAUAUUAAUAAUUUUAUAAAAAAAAUUAAGUAAAAGUAAUAAUUUAUAUGAAAUUAUAAUAAAGGAACCCCUUUUUGUUUUAUUAUAAUAAAUUUAAAUAGAACUUUUUGUGUAUGUAAUAAUUUUUUUAAAUGUCUAUUUACUGCGAUUAUGUACGUGUUGUUGUAAUACACAAUUUCAUGUCAAUGCUUGCUUUCGUCGAUUCCUUUUUGAUAUUUCGUCUUUUGUGUUUUUUGCAAAAACAAAUUUAUGUAAAUAAGAAUCAUAAGAGAGUAUUGCUUUUAUUAGAGAGUUUUUUUGAGAGAGCUUUAAAUAGAGAUUAUUCAAAAACAUGUAAACAAGUACAAGUAAUAAAAAAGUGUAAAUAAUAUCAAUGUUAAAUCGCUGCUACAUAUUUUUCUUCUAUUUUAAAGAUAACACCAAAGAUAUAAUCGAUGAUGAUUAUGUCUUUAUUAUUGCAGUUUUAAUAUGAAUGGCAAUGAAUCAGUGAAUACAGCUUAUACUGUUUAGAUAAAAAUAUUAAUCGUAGUUUUACAUCACUUACAACUUAAUCGGGUUGUAUAAAAAUUACCGAGAGAGAGGGAGAGUGAGAAAAAAAAUCCAAGCAAACACAAUUACAAAAGUAUUAAUACAAAUAUUUUUAACGUCAUGAUUAAUACCCCUAAUACCAAUAGUAUUAAUAUUAAUGGCAUAAUGGAAACAUAUGAUGAUAGACCGAUAAGUAUGUAUGACAAUCUAAAUAAUAUGACCACAAAUAUGAAUGCAACAACAACGACGGCGGUGGCGGCGAUAAACAGUAGCACACCUAAAAUAACAAAAGCGCCAACAAUGGCAAACACAAAUGCAACAACGGUAACAACAUUAACAGCAACACCACCACCAGCACCAUCAACGUCAUCGAAAACAAAUGGAGCAGCACAUUCAACGCCCUUUACAGAUAUUACAUUUAAAUUUAAUGAAAACAAUAAUAUACCGCAAUUGAAACUACAGCAACAACAACAACAACAACAAUUGCCAAUAAAUGGCAAUCGGAACUUGAAUGAAAUACCUCCCAAUACAGGUAAUAAUGCAGCUGUAUAUGCGACACCAUAUAAAACAUCAGCUGCUAUAAAGCCAGUAAUAACCACCGCAUCACCAACACCUCUAACAGCACAGCAACAACAACAAACACAGCACUCUCCAGCAGAAAUAACAACAACCAUAACAAAUACUUUAACGUCAUCACCUUCGUUAUUACAUACGAAUGCAACAAUACCAGCAACAACAACAACAUUAACACCACCAACAUCAGCAACAGUAGCUAUAAUAAACUCAGAUACAUUCAAUAGUUUUAAUCGACCGCUUAGUCAACAUUCACAAUCGGAACUAAACGAUACAAGUCAUAGCAUUGCUGCAGUGAAAGCAGCUCUAAAUGAAGCUAAAUCAAAAUUCUUUGGCUUAAAUGGUUAUGCCGCAUCACAGUUACAAGAUCAUCAACAUAAUAAUUACGACGACGAUAACUACGCUGAAGAAUCUCCAAAUCAUCAAUUACUGCCAUUGGAUGAUCAACAACAAUCAAUUCCGUUCACACAUCAAGUUCAACAGCAACAACAUCAUCAACAACAAGUACAAAAACCCCAACCAAAAUAUCAAAACAUACCAGAAAAUAGUGCAAUAUUUCGUAAUCAAAGUACAGGAGUACCGGCUGCUCCUCCUCCAGAACUGCCACCAAAACCCAUUGAAUAUCAAAAUCUACAACAGCCCACAGCAUCAACAAGUUUACACACUACACCCGAUCAUUUUAGAAAAAUGCCUGCUGGAACCGCGAGCUAUAAUCAAAUAUCGUUGAACGAUAUAGAUACUUCAGCUUCCCGAUCACAGACCGUCUAUAUGGCCACAACAGUACCACAAAAUAUUAAAGGUAAUAAAAUCGCUGGACGACAUACACCGACAAGAAGCAGUUUGCGACAUAGUCGAAUGCUGGUGGUAAACAAUAAAAGUUAUGAAGCAGAAGUACAACAUCCCAAUCCCAUGGGUUUUCAACAGCCAAAUCUUGCCCGUUGGUUAUUAAUAUUACAAAUUAUCAUUGGUAUUUUAUUGUUAAGUUUAUCGACAUGGAUAUUUUUCCUAACACCAAAUACACCAGUACAAGAUAACCCCUAUUGGUGUGGUUUAGUGUUGUUAAUAACGGGUAUUAUAGGCUUAAUAGUGAUACGUUAUCAACGUAUUAAACGAGCUAAAACUCGAGAGCAUUGCUUUAUGUUUUUACGUAUGGAUUCCUAUGUACUUUCAUUGCUGUCCGUUUUACUCUGCUGUGUGGCUUUAAUAUUUGCCGCCAUACAUUAUUGUCGCCUCACUGCAGCGGAUACAAAAUGUAAAAGUAUGAAUCUUUUACUGGAACAUGGUUCAUGUAUUUGCACUUUUAAUGCCCCAACGCCAACAGUAAAUGCAACAGAACCCUUGUUAAACGAAACUUCCUACGAAGAAGAUGACGAAGAGGAAAUAACGGAUAAUAGUUAUAAUGUGGAAUAUCGUGACUUAAGUUGCCAAGAAGUUACCGGACCUUGGACCUCUAUAUUGGGUCUAUCUUUUAUACUUAAUUGUUUGGGCUUUGUUAUUUCUUUAGCUUAUAUUAUUUUAUUAGCCUGUUGUCGAAAGUCUUCGAAACGUAUUUAUACAACCGUCCGUACAAGUACCUUUUAAGUUUAAUUUUAACACAGACAUACACACACACAAACAUUAUUAAUUUAGUUUUACAAAAAUUGAAUUUAAUUUAAAACAGAAAUGAUUUUAAUAUUUAUAAUUUUGUUUUUAUA